AUUUAUUUGAGCAGGAGUAAGUGUGCAAACAGGGCUGGAGAGAUCCAUGGAAGUGAAAUCACUGCUAUUAAAUGGGGAGGGAAACGUUAAGUACACAGACCUAUUUGACAGGACACCUAUUUUCUCCCCAUCUGAGGGUGUGGCACAGGAAAAAACUUACUUCCAGGAGUCAACGCAGGACAGUGUGUAUGACAGAGCAGCCAGAGUCAUCCAGAGGACAUGGAGGAGACACGUUGACAUUGCUGUUUUUAAAUACAUCAAAAGCCUGGUGAACUUUCGGAACCAAGGUGACCCACGAUUCCUGCUCAAAUGCGUUAACCCCAGAGAGGCUGAUAUGCUGGAUGCUGCCUCGGGUGUCUACAUACGAUUCAGAUUGGGUGGAACAACAUUUCCUCCAAACAUCUACUACAAAAUCUUUACUCACCACCCAAUAGUGGAUCUGUGUACCAGUAGUCCAAGAGACUACACACAUGUUGGGCAGAGGAGACCUGUUCCCAUUCAGAUUCAUAAUGGCCAACCCGUGGUCCAGGAUGAUCGCUCCGGCUGGUAUCGUCGGAUAGAGAAUAAUAGCUGGAGGCUUUUGUCAGGAAAGAUUUACCCCCAUGGAGACCCCACUACUCAAAACACCAAUAACAAGAGGAGUGAAUUCCACCACUGCAGGAUCCAUAGAAAACAAGAUGUUGAGAGAAAAAAGAAGAUUCGAAAAAUUGAGUGGAUGAAAAAAAUGUAUGGUGAGGGGGCUCUGCAUGCUCACACUGAGCACAAAGAAACAGCCCAACUGGUGGAGAACGCAAUGCAGGUCAUAAUGAGGGCAGUCCUGCAGCAAGGGGUGGAUAGCGUUCUGGAGUGGGAAGUAGACGAGCUGAUUGAAUGGACCAAUGCCCUCAAUUUUGAUGAGUAUUUAAAUGAAUGGAAGGAUCUUGGCACCAGUAAUACUUCAGCACUUAGAAAGGAUCAGCAGUUGGUUCUCUCUCAUCAUGAUGCCAGUGAAUUCUCUCAGCUCACCCGGGACAGCAGUCAGGUGUUCACCCAGAGCACUGUCCUUCCUGCCCAAGUUUCCAGCCUGAUUAAAUCAGAGUACUCAAGAGAAAACAGCUCAGAUUGGAUCAUUUGAUAGAGCUCAUAGACUGCCAAUGUUGACACUGCUCUUAUAGCUAAAAUGAUAUGGCAAUUUUGAAUAUUUAUAAAUUAAAGUAUGUGUAAUAUU